CAAUAUUAUUAUUAAACUCCCCUCUCACAUGCAAUCAUGAGACCCACUUGUGAAUUAUGAUUACUUUUUAAUCUUCGUAAUUAUCACCAAACGACCAUAAUCAAAUACUACCGAAACAAAAACUUUUACUCUCUAGUCUCAUUACUCCUAUCAUAUCAUUCAUGGCCUUAUCAUCUUCUCUUCACAUUCCUUAUCUUCCAACCAUUUCCUCCAACUAUUCUCCCUCACCUUCCAACCUCAAUAUCACCGCACCCAAAACAUUACGCGCCGCCGUCAUUGGAGGCGGACCAGCAGGUGCGUGUGCCGCCGAAGCUUUAUCGUCCGGAGGUGUGGAAACAUUUUUAUUUGAACGUAAUGUUGCGGGUUCAAAGCCUUGCGGUGGUGCAAUACCUCUUUGUAUGCUUGAUGAGUUUUCUAUCCCACGCGCCAUUGUUGAUCGUGAAGUCACCCGCAUGCGUAUUUUCUCACCUUCUAAUCUUUCUAUUGAUUUUGGUAAAACUUUGCUACCGUCCGAGUUUAUUGCCAUGACUCGGCGUGAGAUACUUGACUCGUUUUUACGGGCUCGGGCUGAAUCUAGUGGGGCUCGUUUGAUUUCUGGGCUUGUUACUCAUAUAGAUCUUCCGGCCCAUGUUGAUAGUGGUGGGCCUUAUGUGAUUCAUUAUAAUGUUGAGGGUUGUAAAAAGAAUGUUAAGGUUGAUGUUGUUAUUGGGGCUGAUGGGGCCCACAGUAAAGUGGCAAGGUGUAUUGGGGCAGGAAACUACGAAUAUGCCCUUGCUUUUCAGGAGAGGAUUAAGUUGCCGGAUGAUGAGAUGGAAUAUUAUAAAGAUCUUGCUGAGAUGUACGUGGGUGAUGACGUGUCACCUGAUUUUUACGGGUGGGUGUUUCCGAAAUGUGACCACGUGGCAGUGGGGACGGGAACGGUUAAGUCGAAGUCGGACCUUAAAAAGUUCCAACAUGGGAUACGGGCCCGGGCCGGGUCUAAGAUUCGUGGUGGCAAGGUGUUUAAGGUGGAGGCACACCCCAUACCAGAGCACCCAAGGCCCAUAAGGGUGCGAGGCCGGGUGGCACUUGUCGGGGAUGCAGCGGGGUAUGUGACCAAGUGUUCCGGCGAAGGGAUAUAUUUUGCGGCAAAGUCGGGACGGAUUUGCGGUCAGGCAGUGGUGGCUGCGUCGGAAGGAGGGACCCAAAUGAUCAAGGAAGAAGAUUUGAAGAGGGAGUAUUUAAGGAAGUGGGAUGGGGAAUACAAAAAUAUGUUUAGGUUUUUGGAUUUGUUGCAAAAUGUGUUUUAUGGGAGUAAUGCAAAUAGGGAAGCUUUGGUAGAAUUGUGUGCGGAUGAGUAUGUACAAAGGAUGACAUUUGAGAGUUAUUUGUAUAAGAAAAUGGCGAAGGGCAAUCCAUGGGAAGAUACCAAGAUGCUUAUGAAUACAAUUGGGAGUUUAAUUAAGUGUAAUAUUGUUUGAGAAAAAUAUGGGAAUUGGGGAUUUACAUUUUGGCAUUAAUUAGAAACUAGAAAAUGAAUAGCUGGCUUCCACCUUUUCUGUGUUAUUGGUGGACUAUUUAUCCAUCUUUUGUUUUAUGUUUGAUAGAAGGUGAAAACAUCUAA